CCGGCUACAAGUAACAGAAACUGUGUACAUGGAUCAGCUACCGUCUGCUCCCAUAGUUUCCCAACCAUUCAAACCCGAUUCUAUCACUUGGUCAGACGACAAUAAAAUAGCGAUAACAACGGCCAAUGCAGUUCAAAUCUAUACUCCUGCAGUAAGCACCAAGGACGACAAGACCGCCAUUCAAUAUCGAAGUGUAACAAUAAGAUGUGAGGAUCAAGACGAAUCUGCUCGCUUCGAUACAACAGAAAGUCAAGCAUCUCCUUUCAUGACUUCAUAUUCUGUAUACAAUGGGUUUCGAUGUGCAGCAUGGGCCCCAGCUAACUGCUGGAAUCCAGCAAGAUGUACUAUAGCUAUAGUCACCAUUAGUCAUAAGGUAUUGAUUUUUCAAGAAGGCUCUGCUGCUGACGAUUCUGAAUGGAAUCAGGUGGAAGAUAUAACUCCUCACUUGGGGACAAGGAAAGACACCAUGACGCAUAUUCUAUCUGCUGCUUGGUCGAAGGCUGUUAUUCGACAAGACGAGUGUUUUGGUGCGCUUGCGUUAGGAAGCAAAUCGGGUCACAUCACGUUAUGGAGCCCUCAGUUGAAAAGCGAAAUUGUAUUCCGUCAUCCUAUUUUUGAUGGUCCUAAUGCUUGGAUAACCAUACUCGAAUGGUCUGAUUGGCGAAGUGAUGGGGCAGGCCACUCUGCAUUUUUAAUUGCUGGCGCAUCAAAUGGAAGGGUAGCAACAGUCAAAGUCGAUUUGGUUGGACGCAAACUCCAUAUGACCACAUUAGACACCUUCUUCCUCGAUGAUAGCCGAAUUCCUACUCUCAUAAAGAUCACAGGCUCAUCUGAGCCCGGAUGUCAACUCAAAGUUGCAGUGACGAAAAGCACUAGCGUUUCAGUUGGCUUAUUUACCUGUGAAAAGGAUGGGAGCUUAAAUCUGAAUCACGGAAAAUGGAUACAACGAAAUAUGCAAAUAUCAGCCUACUUUUCAGGCGCUAUUUGGUCCAAGGAUGGCAAAUACCUACAUCUCUUCUCCUCACAAUACACCAACUAUUCCUUAAUCAUUGACGGCUUCGAGAUAAAGGUGGAUGAAGAGUUUACUGAAGAAAUCCGUAAUCGAACGAACAAGGCUUUGCGUACUCAAGCUUACGAAAUGGCAAAGAAAGUAAAAAUAGAAUCGCAGUCGAAUGAGUCCUACCGAGCUGAGAUUUGGGGGUUGGCUCCGUCGCCCAAUGGCGUAUAUUUUGCACUGUGUUAUACACUGUCUCCUACGAUAGAUAGAGACAUGAGAGAAUCCGGUCUGGACUCUUGGUGUGCAUGCGUAUUGAGCAUAGAGGAUGGCGCAACAGCAAGACCUAUGGUAUCUCAAAUAAUCCAUCAUAAUCUAACGCAAUGUACGAAAGUGGAAGACCUGCUGGAUUUGGUGGACUAUCUGGCUGUCUAUGAUGCAGAAGUUGGUUUAGAUAAGCUACUCUUUGAUGUGAAAUCCACUUUAGAUGCGCAAAUGACGGAACAACAUGACUCUACAUUCACUGAGCAUCUGCAGUCAUGGGUGGAUAAGAAUCCAGCGAUUUACCUGUCCCAAGUUCUAGUCUACAUAUCUGAACAAAUGAAGGCAUACACACUAUCAACUUCCCUCUCUGAGAAAGCAAAAGCACAGGCUGCCAAAGCGAAGCAUAUUAUCUCUGGCUUCUACAUCCAGUAUAUCCUUCAGCUCCUUCUUAGUUGUCCUGAAUCGCAAUGGCUUGCGUUGAAUCAACAAGAGCGAUGCAACGAGCUUUUAAUUGCAGAUUCUGUCUUGCUGUGGCAUCCCCAAAACACAGAGCUCUUGAAAAGUGCCUUACGUGUAUACCAACGCCUUAGCGAGCACAAAAUCAUGGCGGACUCCACUGAACUCGAGAUGACAUCUAACUUGUUGAACAAGAAGAGAGUCUCCAUCGAUGCGAAUGAGUUACCACCAAGAGAGCAAUGCCCAGCUUGCAAAGAUCUGAUCUCUUUUCAUUCUGAAGCUGUAGCCGUGUGUCCAAAUGGUCAUAUGUGGGAGAGAUGCCAGCUCACAAAAGUAGUCUUGGAUUCACCCGACGUCCGAUCUUGCCCCACGUGUAGCUGCAAGAUCAAAGCCCCAACUCCAGCCGCUGGGAUAUUCAACAACGUCCUAGUUGCUUGUACGAAUUGCAUGUAUUGCGGUUCUUCCAUAUAAAAUUGAAAGUAUACUACUACGAAGUUUGUGUCAUUAGGGAUCAAGUGUAGAUAAUAAACAAUUGAUGAAAUCAAAAAGGAAGCAAUAAAUCAAAAAUAACAAAAUGAUAUGUGGUUUCAUCACAUUAUACGAACGUAUUUUAAGUUAGAAUUUUCUUUUACGGGUAUGAAAUGAUAGCCGAUAUGGGUGGCAUAUCGCUAAGGUAUCAUCGAUGGAUAUAACGCCGUCUUCGCUGGCACAGAUCGUCAGCUUUCCUUACAAAGCGUUCUUGCUAGUGAGGUAUUCGAAUCUCUUGUAUGUGUAGCCUACAAAUGCUAGAUCGGCUUGUGCGUCCGACGGAUGUGGUUGAGAGUCUAAGGAUAAACAUUAGUUA